AUGGGGAUAUUGGAGAAGAUUGCUCAGAUCCAGGAGGAGUUGAGUAGAACUCAAAAGAACAAAGCUACCGAGUAUCACAUUGGGUUAUUGAAGGGGAAGCUUGCCAGAUACAGAAGAGAACUUUUGGAACCUCAAGGUGGUAGUGGAGGUGGAGGAGGUCAAGGAUUUGAAGUGGCUAAAGCUGGUGAUGCCCGAGUAUCUUUAAUUGGGUUCCCAUCUGUUGGUAAAUCUUCCUUUUUGAAUAAGGUGACUAGUACUAAAUCAGAGGCAGCUGGAUAUGAAUUCACAACAUUGACAUCUGUUGGAGGUAUAUUACAAUAUAAUGGAGCUGAGGUUCAAAUUGUUGAUUUACCCGGGAUUAUUAAGGCUGCUUCUCAAGGCAAAGGUAGAGGGAGACAAGUUAUUGCAGUUGCUCGAACAUCUGAUCUUAUUUUAAUGGUUUUGGAUGCUACCAAGGGUAAAGAUCAAAGAGAAGUCUUGGAAAAUGAAUUGGAAAGUAUGGGGAUUCGGUUAAAUAAGGAAAGGCCCAACAUUUCUCUUAAAAUGAAGAAAACCGGUGGUAUAAAGGUGAAUUCAUUGACAACUCCUAAAUAUUUGGAUGAGAAAAUGGUUAGUGCUAUAUUAAAGGAUUAUAAGGUCCAUAAUGCUGAUGUAUUGAUUAGAGAUGAGAACGUUACUAUGGAAGAUUUCAUUGAUGUUAUUAACGAACAGUACGUAACAUACACCAAGUGUCUUUAUGUUUACAACAAGGUUGAUGCGGUGUCAUUGGAAGAAACCGACCGUUUGGCAAGAGAGCCAAAUACCGUGGUGAUGUCGUGUGAAAUGGAUUUAGGAAUAGAAGAUUUAAAAGAAGAAAUAUGGAGGAAACUUGGUUUACUAAGAUUAUAUACUAAAAGAAGAGGUAUAAUGCCUAAUUUUGAUGACCCAAUGGUGGUCAGAGCAGAUUCUACCAUUCUUCAAGUUUGUGAUGCCAUUCAUCGAGAUAUGAAAAAUCAAUUCAAAUAUGCUUUAGUUUGGGGCUCAAGUGCAAAGCAUUCUCCACAGAAAUGUGGAUUAAAUCAACCUGUUCAUGAUGAAGAUGUGGUUCAAAUUGUUACCAAGUAA